GCAACACCCACGGUCGCUGCUCAGAUGGCUCAUGAUUGCUUGGUGUCUGUCCCACUGGCUAAGGAGGCAGCUCUUGCACUUGUGGAUGCCAUAGAGCCUUACAUGGUAUGGCAGAGUGGUACUAAUCUUGCUGAUAUCGUUUCGGAUCCCGCAUAUAAGGACCCCCCAGCGGAUUACUUUUACCCCCCUCACGAUAUAUUUGCGUAUCUGGCUUCUGUAAAAACCAAUCUUCAGAAUGACCAGUAUGCAAACGAGUACGAGUUUCAGCAAGACCUUUAUCAAAUCUGGGCUCGGUCACAUGAUGGCCAUUUUGUUUUCUAUCCAGAUUUGCUCACGAAAGCUUUCGAAUGGGCCCGGCAACUGGGUUUGGUGUCUAUCAGCAAGGACGGAUCAUCGCUUCCCGAGAUCAAAACCUUUGAGGAUGUGCUGUCAUCUCCUUCUACUGCGUCGGUCGUCACCAAAAUCAACGGCGUUGACGCUGUGACAUACGUGGGAAAUUUGAUCUACCAGGCAUCAUUGAAUCAAGACGCAGAUGCAGCCUACAACAGCACGUUUUUCAAAAAAGUAUUCAAUGCCUCAGGUAUUGGAGAUGGCUACUUUUCCAGUGGUGGACGGGCAAGAUACGUAUACCCUAGCGCCGAUACCACGUUCACGUUUGCAAAUGGAACUGUCAUCACUCUCAACAACAUUGCCAUGGUGAAAGGUGAUUUCGCAGGCGUUGUCGAUGGCCCAUCGUUUUUCACGCGCUUCUGCAAUGCAACUGGGACUGCGGAGCCUUCUGAGCCCGCCGUUGCAGUUAAAUCAAGCGGUGCUGGUGUCGUUGCUCCUGGCUAUCCCACACCUAUCGAAAUUACUCUUGAUGGCGUUGUGUCGGGCUAUUAUCUCAAUGGCACUGGAUAUGAGGACGUUGCGGUCAUGAGCUUGUUGUCUUUCGAGUCAGAAGACUUCAUCGAAUUUCAGCAAAUCGAGCAAAAGUUUCUUGCAGACGCCGUUCGUGAUGGCAAGACGAAGCUUAUAGUUGAUCUCAGCGCCAAUGGCUACAUUCUCCAAGGUUACGAUCUCUUCCGACAGCUGUUCCCUAGCAUCAUUCAAGGUGGGUAUACUCGAUGGAGAGAAAGCGAUAUAUUCUUGACCGUCGCCGAAAUCUUCUCGGCGCAAUCGGCGAACUUCACGCCAAUCUCGGCCUCCGUGGAAAAUAUAAAUCAAUAUGAGGCCACCUUCAACAAGGGAUACGAUCUCAACUUCACAAACCAACCUUUCCUCACAUUUGAGGACAAAUUUGCUCCUCACGUAUAUAAGGGCGAUAAUUACACCGAUCCAUUGACAACAAGUGAUCCAAACUUCGGUGUUGGGACCAAUAUUACAGGGUUUAAUAGCAGAACCAACUUUACUCAGCCUUUUUUGCCAGAAAACAUCAUCUUGCUCCUGGACGGAUUUUGUGCUUCCAUAUGCACAAUCUUCACUGAAUUCAUGCGUACCCAAGCAGGUGUCAAGUCCAUUGCAAUGGGAGGUCGUCCAACCGCUGGUCUAAUCCAAGGAGUUGGCGGUAUCAAAGGUGCCGAAUCUCUCGGCUGGUCCAAUGUCUUAGGGUACGCAAAGGAUGUAAAUCAGACCGCAACUCCAGACCAAGAGAAAGUCCUUGCGAGACUCACCGACAUCCCCAUCAGCAGGAGUUCCUCAUCCGGUCUCAACGUGCGAGACAAUAUUCUUCCAGAUCAUGUCAACGAUGGCUUGCCCGCUCAGUAUGUGGUGGAAUAUUCAGAAUGUCGCUUGUAUUAUACGGAACCUAUGGUUACUGAUGUCACGGCGACGUGGAGGCUGCUGCUGAUGCUGCUUUCAAUGGGAAGAAAUGCACUGCAGGAUCGCUGCCGAAGAGAGAUCUAGAGGCGGAAUCGAAGGCGAAGAGAGCCAAUACACCAGAAGUGAGGCGCAGAAGAGCAGCAAAUAUGAAGAGGUCGGGGGCGACUAAGAAUGCGGCUUUUGUCAAGGCACAUGGAAACUUCAAGGAGAUUCCUUGAGUUGGCAUGCGAACUAGGAGAAAUCUAUUUCCUAAUUUAAAGCAGACAGUAGAAAAUAAUAUAGUAAUGACAUAGUGCGGGGGCGUUGUUAAGAGAUCAGUUGAAGAUGAUGG